CCUUUAUUGAACACAAACAGUUUACAGAAAAGUAUAAAUAUGACAGAUGAAGUCACACAGUGCAGACAGCAUGAACAACACAUGCAAUGCUCGAGUGUUUACAGAAUUACAAAGACUCUGUUUUUGUUCUCAGAGACUGAGCUUCAAGUUAUUUGUAAAACGACUGAAACAAGAUUAAAAUGUGUUAAACUUUGGUUUCAGGUGUGGAAACUGUCAGCUGUGGAUGUGAUAUUCACCAUAAAUGAAAAAUGAAUCGCCAUCGUCCUCGGUAACGAUGGUACAAAGAGACAAUAAAACCUGUUUUAUGAACAAAGUUCAUCACAUCAGUGCAGCAGAGAAGCAUCACUGUUUCAGAACGAGCAAAGUUAAGAACAUCUUCACAGCUGAGGAUCAUUUAAAGUCACCUCUGAACAUUCAGAAGUAAAAACUGUUUCCAGUUAAUGUUCAGAGUUAUUGAUCCAAAAGGAGACGAGGCAGAGUCGAGCUUCUGAGAACCAUGUUUCUGAUCAGUUGGUUUGAUAAAAAGUCUCUUAUUUUUAUUCUUGUUGUUCCAGAUGUGAUUUUCAUGGGAUAAGAAUUAUGUAAAUAUUAUGUUUGUACAUAAGUGGGCAGCUUAGUAACAUCUGUUUGUGAACAUAAUCAUUCAUACUCCACCUUAAUACAAAGAUCAUCCUCUGACUGAGUGAAAGAGAAGAAGAGGUGUAGCGUUCACAAUUUUUCACAAUGGAUUUUUAAGGAGAUUUUGAAUUUAUUUUAUUUUCAAUUUGAUCUUAUGUUUGAUUCCAUUUUUAUCAGGAAAUAUUCUUGUUGUGACAUUUAUCAUAAUAAGUUUUUGUUUUUCCAGAUAAAAUUGAAAAUUGGCAGGUGUUUUUUUUUUUUAAAUUUUAUUACUUGUUUUAUAUUUUUUGAAUUUCUCUUGAUUUUUCACUUUCCCCUAAAAUCAAACAAUCUUAGCAAUUCUUUGCUAAAGUUUACAUCGACCACAACAUGUAAAAGCAGCCAUGUGAUGUAAAAUAACCAGAGACCAUAGAGUUCAUUUAGUUUAUUUAAAAUAAAUAUUUAUCCAGGCUGCUUCAGAAGGUGGAUGUACUUUGUUGUAGAUUAAUGUUGCAGUGAUGAUCUCUCAAUGCUUUAAUGUGGUGCAGCACAGUGGUGCAGUGGUUAGCACUGUUGCCUCACAGUAAGAAGGUGACUUCAAGAUCAGGCUGAGGCCUUUCUGUGUGGAGUUUGUUCUCAUCAUGUUUGUGUGGGUUUUCUCCAUUUACCCUGCUUUCCUCCCACAGUCCAAAGACACACACAGUCAGUGGGGUUGGGUUAUUGGAUGAUUCUUAUGGUCCAUAGGUGUGAAUGGUUGUCUCUCUUUCUGUUAUCCCUGAGACUGCUGACCUGUCCAUGGUCUACGCUACGAUAGCUGGGAUAGACUCCAGCCCCCCGGUGACUCUGAACUGGAUAAGUGGAAGAGAAUGGGUGGAUCGAUAUUUAGUACCAGUGCAUGUUUUCUACUAUUAGCUUGUUGUAAAAUGCAGUGAUCUGAUUGACCAGAUCUGUUUAUUUGCAUGCGAAAAAUCUGAGAAAUUGAGCUUGAGCCCAAAAAUUUCAUGAAACAUGUUUGAUGUGAAAAGAUGUAUUAAAAAAAGAGUCAGAAAAAUAUUUUAACACACCAAAUAUUUGCAUGAAUGUUACACGCCUGGUGAGUAAAGGCCUUAACAGUUCAGCUCUAAUAAGAACUAAUAACAUUCUGAACCUAAGACAGUGUGUGGCUGAUGUUUUAUAUUUUCACAGGUUUGUGUGGACUCCAAAGGUUUAGACUGAUUCAUGUUUCUGUCUCUGUCCUCAGUUUCCCAGCAUGCCUCGGGUCUAGAGGUGUAUGAGGGGGUGGAGUCUGUCCUGCUGCUCUGCAAGGACACUUCUGUACCUCUGGACCCCACUCUGAUGUGGACACGCCAUGACCUCGAUCCUCCAGUUGUCCACCAGCGUAGCCGGGCAGGAGAUAAACUGAGAGACCAAAACCAGCGUUACAGGAGAAGAACGUCCAUGACGACGGACUCUCUGCAGACCGGAGACUUCAGCCUCACUCUGAGGAACCCCAUCACCUCUGACAGCGGCACCUACACCUGCACCAUCAGUGCAUUUGGAAAUGAACGGACACUGACAGCAGUAGAGCUGCAGGUCAAAGUGUCCCACCAAGUCCUCACGCUGGAGGUGUACGAGGGGGCGGAGUCAGUCCUGCUGCCCUGUCACAUCCCGUUUGUGUCUGGACCCUCCACAGUGGUGUGGAGCCGCUACGACCUCAAUCCUCCAACCGUCCACCAGCGUCAGCAGGAAGAGGACGAGCUGACAGAUCAAAACCAGCGUUACAGAGACCGAACAUCCAUGAAGACUGACGCUCUGCAGACUGGAGACUUCAGCCUCACUCUGAGGAAACCCCACAUCUUUGACAGCAGCAACUACACCUGCACCAUCAGAGUGACGGGAGAAGAACCCAGACUGACAGAUGUUCAGCUGCAGGUCAAAGGUCAGUGGCACACGGCAAACUUUAAUAUAUUAGUCUUCACUAAGUUAAUCUGAAGUUACUGCUAAUGU